UUGUGCCGCCCGAGAACACCACAUAGGUUCAUCACCAACCACGCGGCCGGCUCCCGUCAUCAACUAGGUAACUAGGUAAUUAGGUAACUUCCGAUUGAUUCGUCUCUCACAUGAUGACGCCCACACAUAAGCUCAACAUCGCACUGAUCCAAUUCCUGCCAAAGCCUCUUUCUCCCGAGGCCAACUUCGCCGUAGCAGAUCGGAACCUUCGGUCUGCCGCCCGCCAAGGAUGCCACCUCGCAGUCCUCCCGGAAUUCCACCUCACGUCAUGGGUCCCGGAUAACCCAGACUUCGCCGCGUCCUGCAGGGACUCCCUGCCCUACCUUGAACGCUACCAGGCCCUCGCCCGGGAGCUCCACAUCCACAUCGUGCCCGGGACCCUCGUGAAGCCGGUGGAACUCCCCCCCGACGACGACAACAGGGGCCGCGAGCCGGACCACGCCACGGAGCUGCACAACCUGGCGUACUUCAUCGCCGCCUCCACGGGCGACAUCCUCGCCACCUACCAGAAGAAGAACCUGUGGCACGAGGAGCGCGGCGUCCUGACGGCCGGGAAGCACGCGCCCCACCGCGCCUUCGACCUGCCCCUCCCGGACCCCGACGGCAGCGGCGCCGGCGCCGCCGGGGUGGUGCGGGCGGGGUUGCUCAUCUGCUGGGACCUCGCGUUCCCGGAGCCGUUCCGCGAGCUGGUCGCCGACGGGGCGGAGCUGGUCAUCGUGCCGUCGUUCUGGGACAUCACCGGGAUCGAGCGGCGGGUCCUCUCGCUGAACCGCGAGUCCGAGGCCGUGUUCCUGGACGCGACGACGGUGUCGAGGGCGUUUGAGAACACGUGCGCCGUCGCGCUCUGCAACGCCUUUGGGAGCAGCCAGGUGGCGGUGCCGAUCCUGGGGAGCCUGGGGAAGCUCGGGACCGGGGAGGAGGGGAUCGUGUUUGGGGAGGUCGACUUUGAUACCGUUAGGUAUGCGGAGGAAUAUUACAAGGUCAGGGCGGACCUGCAGGGCGAGGAGUGGCACUAUACUCGCUCGGCGACUCUGCCUCCGAAGUAAAUCAUGGAUCACGGGUGUAGUCAGUGGCGGCAGAGAGGUAUUGAUAUGAUCGUUGCCCGGGUUUGAACAAUAGGAUUGUAGUCAAAACCGUUGUCAACGAUUGGAUCGCCAGUCAGAGAAACCAAUUCUAGGCUAGCGUUCUACUAUCACGCAACUCCCCCUCCCAUGCCACGAAAAACCUCGCUGCCAAGUGGCUCGGACCGGCCAUGCUCCUUGAUAUCGAUCAACGCCAAGCGUAGGUCAUCACGCUCAAACGCUUAGAUAUCAAUUAGCAGUUUGCGGGAUAUGAUAGACCCCAGGUCGGUAGAACCGUUGGCGUCUGGCUUCACUAGCUGCGCACAGUUUCUUGAUGAAGUUUCGGAGGGCACCAAGCCUGUAGAUGAUUUGCAGCUAGUAAAAGGCAUGCAAGAUGCGUAGAUGCUCUAUAUAGCUUAGCAGACUAACAAAAGACAUGAUUGAGGAG